GGCUGGCCAAUCAUCGGGGGCGGCGCGGGGAGGGGUGGUGUGGACGGAGAAAGUGAAAGGUGAGGCACGGCCCUGCAGAUUUUCCAGCGGAUCCCUCGGUGGCCUCAUGUCGCGCAGUGGAACCGAUCCUCAGCAAGGCCAGCAGGCGUCAGAGGCGGACGCCGCAGCAGCAACCUUCCGGGCAAACGACCAUCAGCAUAUCCGCUACAACCCGCUGCAGGAUGAGUGGGUGCUGGUGUCAGCUCACCGCAUGAAGCGGCCCUGGCAGGGUCAAGUGGAGCCCCAGCUUCUGAAGACAGUGCCCCGCCAUGACCCCCUCAACCCUCUGUGUCCUGGGGCCAUCCGAGCCAACGGAGAGCUCUGCAGCCUGAUGCCCCCAGUCCAGGACCCAGUGAUCAUCCCCUUUUCCAAGCAAAGUCUGCUCGAGGAGUCUGGUAACUAUGGAUUUCCCCUCUUAACAAUUUUCAAACCAGAGUUGGAGACUCAGCAUUGGGGUUCGGCCCUGCCCGUAGCACAGCCAAGCCCUACCUCUUGGUUAUCUUUUCUCCCGUCACCACCCAGUAAGGUCAUGUGUUUCCACCCCUGGUCGGAUGUAACGCUGCCACUCAUGUCGGUCCCUGAGAUCCGGGCUGUUGUUGAUGCAUGGGCCUCAGUCACAGAGGAGCUGGGUGCCCAGUACCCUUGGGUGCAGAUCUUUGAAAACAAAGGUGCCAUGAUGGGCUGUUCUAACCCCCAUCCCCACUGCCAGGUAUGGGCCAGCAGUUUCCUGCCAGAUAUUGCCCAGCGUGAGGAGCGAUCUCAGCAGGCCUAUAAGAGUCAGCAUGGAGAGCCCCUGCUAAUGGAGUACAGCUGCCAGGAGCUACUCAGGAAGGAACGUCUGGUCCUAACCAGUGAGCACUGGUUAGUACUGGUCCCCUUCUGGGCAACAUGGCCCUACCAGACACUGCUGCUGCCCCGUCGGCAUGUGCGGCGGCUACCUGAGCUGACCCCUGCUGAGCGUGAUGAUCUAGCCUCCAUCAUGAAGAAGCUCUUGACCAAGUAUGACAACCUGUUUGAGACGUCCUUUCCCUACUCCAUGGGCUGGCAUGGGGCUCCCACAGGAUCAGAGGCUGGGGCCAACUGGGACCACUGGCAGCUGCACGCUCAUUACUACCCUCCGCUCCUGCGCUCUGCCACUGUCCGGAAAUUCAUGGUUGGCUACGAAAUGCUUGCUCAGGCUCAGAGGGACCUCACCCCUGAGCAGGCUGCAGAGAGACUAAGGGCACUUCCUGAGGUUCAUUACCGCCUGGGGCAGAAGGACAGGGAGACAGCAACCAUCGCCUGACCACGCCGACCACAGGGCCUUGAAUCCUUUUUUUUUUUCAACAGUCUUGCUGAAUUAAGCAGAAAGGGCCUUGAAUCCUGGCCUGGAAUUUGGGCAGAUAUAGCAUUAAUAAAACUGUGCAUCUCAAACUUU